AUGUUCUUGAUACAGAAACGACUAAUUUGUCAAAGAGUCAUAACUCGGUGUUAUUCAUUUGAUUAUAAAUCCUAUAUUCAAAGGAGGCGAUUAAAAAAAAAUUAUAAUAAAGAUAUUAAGAUGACUACACCACAUGUACAUCCAUUUAGAAGAGUGGAAUCUACACAAUCAAUAAUUCAUAUGCAUCGUCAACCAUUUAAUGUAACAGUUAUUGGUUCUGGUAAUUGGGGUACAACUAUUGCAAAAGUUGUUGCUGAAAAUACUGUACAAAAUCCACAUCUUUUUGCAAAAGAUGUGAAUAUGUGGGUAUUUGAAGAAAAUAUUGAUGGUGAAAAAUUAACAGAAAUAAUUAAUACAAGACACCAAAAUGUUAAAUAUUUACCUGGAAUUGAUUUACCACAUAAUUUAAUUGCAAAUCCCUCUUUACUUGAUUCUGUUAAAGAUGCUGAUAUUCUUGUAUUUAAUGUACCACAUCAAUUUUUACCAAAAAUUGUUUCACAAUUAAAAGGUCACAUUUCAAAAAAUGUACGUGCAAUUUCAUGUUUAAAAGGUUUUGAAGUUGGUGCAAAAGGUGUUCAAUUAUUAUCAUCAUAUAUUAAAGAUGAAUUAGAUAUUCAAUGUGGUGCUUUAUCAGGUGCAAAUUUAGCACCAGAAGUUGCUAAAGAACAUUGGUCAGAAACUACAGUCGCUUAUCAAUUACCUGAAGAUUUUAAAGGUGAAGGUUUAGAUGUUGAUCAUAAAGUAUUGAAAAUGUUGUUUCAUAGACCAUAUUUCCAUGUAAAUGUUAUUGAUGAUGUUGCAGGUAUUUCAAUUGCAGGUGCAUUAAAAAAUGUUGUUGCAUUAGCUUGUGGAUUUGUUGAAGGUCUUGGUUGGGGUAAUAAUGCAGCAGCAGCUAUUCAAAGAGUUGGACUUGGUGAAAUUAUUAAGUUUGGUCAAAUGUUUUUCCCAGAAUCUCGUGUUGAAACUUAUUAUCAAGAAUCUGCUGGUGUUGCAGAUUUAAUUACAACAUGUUCAGGUGGUAGAAAUGUUAAAGUUGCUAAAUAUAUGGCAACAAAACAUGUUGAUGCAUUUGAAGCUGAAAGAGUUUUAUUAAAUGGUCAAUCUGCACAAGGUGUUAUUACAUGUAAAGAAGUUCAUGAAUGGUUAGCUACAUGUGAAUUAACAGAAGAUUUCCCAUUAUUUGAAGCAGUUUUUCAAAUUGUUUACAAUAAGAUGCCAAUGGAUCAAAUUCCAGAAAUGAUUGAUGAAUUGGAACCAUUUGAAGUUGAAGAAGAUGAUGAAGAACCUCCUGCUACUAAUACAAAUACAACAACUGUGAGAUCAUAA